CAUCAGGAAAGCGCCGCACGUCUGCUUGUCCACGCUGUUGAAGCCGGAGCUUAAAUGUUAACGUUUAAAGUCACCGGGGAGUAGAUUCUGGUGCGUAUUUAUCUGUGUAAUGAUGGAGAAGGACGGUGAGGGCAGCGCGGUCCCCGCGGACCCGGUGCGGAGCUUCGAGCAGUGGAAGAAGCGCUACAGCAGGACCAAGGCGCGGGUGAAGCGGGAGCGCGUGUCGGGGCGGAAAAGGCCGGAGUGGCAGGUGGAGCGGGACUACAUCAGCCAGCUGGUCAGCAGGUACCCGGGCAUCGAACCCGACUCCGCAGUCAAGUUCUCCGACUUCCCCAUCUCCAAGAAGACGCUGCUGGGCCUGCAGCAGAACCGCUUCCGCCAGCCCACCCGGGUCCAGCGGCAGACCCUGGCCCCGGCCCUGCAGGGCCGCGACGUGCUGGCCGCCGCCCGCACCGGCUCCGGCAAGACCCUGGCCUUCGUGGUGCCGCUGCUGGAGGCGCUGUACCGGCGGCAGUGGGCCCCCGAGGACGGGCUGGGGGCCCUGGUGCUGGCGCCCACGCGGGAGCUGGCCUACCAGACCUUCACGCUGCUGCGCCAGGUGGGCUGCAACCACGAUCUGUCGGCCGCGCUGCUGGUGGGCGGCACGGACGUGCAGGCGGAGAGCGAGCGCAUCUCCCGCACCAACAUCGUGGUGUGCACGCCGGGCCGCCUGCUGCAGCACAUGGACCAGAGCCCCGGCUUCACGGCCAGCGGCCUGCAGCUGCUGGUGCUGGACGAGGCCGACCGCAUCCUGGACCUGGGCUUCGCCGACACCCUCAACGCCAUCGUGGAGAACCUGCCGCGGUCCCGGCAGACGCUGCUGUUCUCCGCCACGCAGACCCGCUCCGUGGAGCAGCUGGCCCGGCUCAGCCUGCGCGACCCGGAGUACGUGUGGGUGCACGAGACGGCGCGCUUCCCCACGCCGGCCACGCUGGAGCAGGCCUACCUGGUGUGCGAGCUGCACCACAAGGUCAACACGCUCUACUCCUUCAUCCGGAGCCACCUGAGCAAGAAGGUGAUCGUGUUCUUCGCUUGCUGCAAGGAGGUGCAGUACCUGUUCCGCUGCUUCUGCCGGCUCCGGCCGGGGAUCCCGGUGCUGGCGCUGCACGGGAAGCAGCCGCAGAUGAAGCGGGUGGAGGUGUACCGGGACUUCUCCAGGAAGCAGAAGGCCGUGCUGUUCGCCACGGACGUCGCGGCCAGAGGGCUGGACUUCCCCGCCGUCAACUGGGUGCUGCAGUACGACUGUCCGGAGGACGCCGACACCUACAUCCACCGGGUGGGCCGCACGGCCCGCUACAAGGAGGGGGGCGAGGCGCUGCUGCUGCUGCUGCCCUCCGAGGAGAAGGCCAUGGUGGCACAGCUGGAGGGGAAGAAGGUUCCCAUCACCAAGAUCCAGGUGAACCCGGAGAAGGUGCAGAGCGUGGAGCAGAAGCUGCAGGCCUUCCUGGCGCAGGAGAAGGAGCAGAAGGAGCGCGCCCAGCGCUGCUUCAUGUCCUACCUGCGCUCCGUCUACCUGAUGAAGAACAAGGACGUGUUCGACGUGUGCAAACUCCAGCUGCAGCCGUUCGCUCUGUCCCUGGGCCUCGCCGUGGCCCCCAGGGUGCGCUUCCUCAGCAAGGUGCAGAGAGCCGAGGGGGAGCAGGAGGAGGAGCAGGAGCAGGAGCUCAGCGACUUUAAGGCCCAGCUGAAAGGAAGAAGUCGUGCCGAGGAACAGGAAAGCUCCGAGUCAGAGGACGGAAGUGGAAGUGAAACGGAUCAGAAGGAGUCCAGGACGAUACUUGGUGGUGCGGGAGACAGCGAUGAAGAGGAUCUGCGAGACCUGGACCUGCUGACGGUCAAAAGAAGGGACGUGUUCAACCUGGCGGGCGAGCAGGACAGCGGCGAGGGGGCGGAGGACGGCGAGCAGCAGCCGGCGGAGAAGAAGACGACGACGACGGAGAAAGAGACCAAGUACAAGGAGGCCAAGAAGAUCCUGAAGAGGAAGUUCCAGGUCAACACCAAAGUGGGCUUCACGGAGGAGGGAGAGGCGGUGCAGCUGUGGCCGCCGGCCCAGCGGGUGGUGGCCGGCGGGGAGGAGGAGGAGGAGGAGGAGGAGGAGGAGGGGGUUUCUGGGAUCAACGUAGACAGGGCCAGGGAGAGGCUGAAGCGCGAGGACCAGGAGUUCGACAAGCAGGAGUACAGCCGCAGGGUGAAGGCCAAGCACCGGGAGAAGAGGCUGAAGGAGCGGGAGGCCCGCAGGGAGGCCAGCCGGAGGGGGGGCCGCGGCCCGGGGGAGAGCGACGACGAGGAGGACGAGGUGGUGGCCUACCUGGCCAAUCACAGCGAGGAUGAGUUUGACCCCAGCACGCUCCCAGACCCCGACAGACCCCACGCACCAUCUUCAUCCUCGGAGGAGGAGGAGGAAGAGGAGGAGGACGAGGUAACCCCACCGGGGAAGCGGCAGCGCAGCGCUGCAGGGAGCCGAGGCGAGGAGCAGGACCUCAUAGCCACCAAGAAGAAGAAGAAGACGACACCGCAGCUGGAGGAGGAACAUGCCGUUCUGGACACGGGUCUGUCCCUGGCAGAGGACGAAGAACUGGUCCUGCAGCUGCUGGGGGGGAGGUAGAGGACGGAGGAUGGAGGGAGGUAGAGGACGGAGGAUGGAGGGAGGUA